AUGACAAUAGCUGUCUAGCUGAGUCAUAAUAUUGGAAAAGCCAACACUUCUCGCGUCAUUUUGUAGAACGAAAACGUCAUACAAAAUUUCCUCUGAAGUGAGUUAUAAACUGUAGAUGAUGAGGGGCCUACACUUAGCUUUCGUAUUGCUAUUCACGAUCCUUGUGCUAUAUUCAAAAGACUGUGAGGCACAAUGCGCACCUGAGGACGCCAAAGCUUGGGACCCUGUCAGGAACGAGUCGACGUACGACAGGGAUCCGGCAAGCAUCAACCAACCAGACGGAAGACCAUUGGGUUAUCAGUUAGAUACCCUUGAUUACAUUAAUGAUGCUAAUGCAAGAUCACCCUGCGUGACAGUCACUGGAUGUAUCAACUAUGUGGACAUUAUGGUCGAAACAGAUCCAUUGGCCAGAAUUUGCAUUGAAGACAUUACCACAGAUGCUGCCACCAGAGAACUUAUUUGUCAAGAGAGAAUCUCCAGCUGUGUUCCCUGUCCUAGUGAAGAGGUGACCUAUCAAUUCUCGUGCCAGGGGUCAAGCUGUGACCAGAGUGCUGUCAACUUCUGGUUUAGAUUCGUCCUCAGUGAUCCAGCUGUACUAGAUCCUGAACUUUGGUGCUUCAAUCGCAAUACCGACGAAUAUCCAAGCAGUCUAUACAACAAUGUACCUGUACCCGUGACUAGAGCUAAAACGAUGCCCACUGGGAGGGGCACGUCGCUAGGGGCAACCUUUUCUCUAACUCUUUGUGCCUUUCUAACAGUGAUCUUCAUUGCCAGGCAAUAAGGACAUAAGUAGUGUCCAAAGUAUGUGACUGUACAUGAAGAAAUUCUUUUUCCUUCAAUUAUGUAAAGUACAGUUCAGUAUAUAUUCGUACACAUCAGUAGUUUCAAAGUUAUUUUAUUUUAUAAAGCUAAUGUAACAUUAUAGAAAUUACUGAUUCAAAAGGUCAGUUAUUAUUUCAUGCCGGUCAUGCAGAAUCUUUUUUAUAUAUUAAAAGAAUAAUGUUCUUCACUUUAACAAUAUUGUGUGAUAUUUUCUACCUAUCUUUGUCUGAAUAAUUUAUAAGUCUUUGAAUUUCAGUGCCUUUCUUGAAGAAAUAUAAUGCGAUUGCUUAUCAACCAUGAAAUGUAUCAAGUUACAAGAGUUGUGGAACCGAAAAUCGACAUUCCAUCUUCAUUAAGCAAGAUUUUUAAAGUUGUGUAAUAUGCUCUCGGUAGCUUUUGAUGUGUGUGAUCUCAUACCAAUGCAGUUGUACAUGAAUUAUUCUCAUCAUAUUGAUUACAUUUAAUUAUGGUUCUUCAUUUUAUACAUGAUUUAUCUUUGAUAGAACAAAAAGAAAUUAAUGUGGAUGUGUGUACAAUUAUUAACUUUUACCACCUCUGUCUUUCUAAAAAUCAAACACUGCAAUUUCACUGAGGAUGCUAACAAAGUUUUGUUUCAAUGAUUGUGUGUGUACUGUACAGCUAAUAUGAGUACUUUAAAUACUGUUACAAGACUAUAAAAGUCAAUGUUAUAUAUAAACAGUAGUUGUGUAUUAGCAUAUAUAGAAAGUUUUUAAUGGUUGGCUUUGUAUUGUCAUGAAAAUUAGUUAACUCUGAAUAACCAUUGACUUCUUUCAUACCUUUCACUUAAAUAUCUCAUAAGUAUGAUUUUUUUUAAAUUUAUGUCUUGAUAGUAUGAUACACCAGUAGAUACACAAUGCAAUGUUAAUCUUAGAAUUAUAUAUUUGUGUAAUAAUAUUUCCUUUAUAUGAUGAAAGCCUUUUAAGUAUCAUUUUGCUAUAUAAAGAAUAUUGAUAUGUUGUGGAUAUGGUUGGAUAUUGUAAUUUUUGAGAGAUUAUAGCAAAUCUUGGCAUUAACAAGUGUGUAGGUAUAGCAUGUUAUGACAGGCAGAAUAAUUUUAUCUGGUGUUUUUAUUUAGCGUAAGAAACUAAAUCAUAUACAUGUGUACUUCUAGUUUUAUGGUAGAGAACAGUAGAGAUCAAAAAGCGUCACUCAUUUGUUGACUUGGAUGUUUACAGUGGGGGAACUUUUUUUUUCAUUGAAAUUGUCUUAACAUGAAAUCAAAAUCCCAUUGACAGAUUGACUUAUUUUCAACCAUGACAAAAGACAUCUCAAAUAUUCAAUAUCAAGAACUAGAUGCAAAUUUAAAGUUGGUAUGCAAAUAAAACAAAAUGUUGAGGAGAAGGGCAUUUCCUAUAGAUUGAGAAAGGCUCUCUGAAUGAAAAGGCUACAAUGUUAUAACAAAUGUUUUUGUAGCAUCAGCACAUUCAGAAUUUUGGCCUACCAAGACUUUCAAAAUGUGAAUUAACAAUAGAAAACCUGAUAGCAAUGACAUUUAUGUGAAACAUUUAAGAAUCACUGAUUUAUUUCUAUUGUAAACAUUUGGAAUGAACUAACGACAGCAGAUAAUUUUGUUGUUUUCAUUGUAGAACUUGUCUUUUUAAAGGUUUGUGUAAAGAGAUAUAUUUUGUAUGGAAAAAAAUUAAAGAAACAUUUAUAACAUAUA